CCAAAAGGCUUUCAGGACUACCAAACAUCAUCGUGAAGUGGGACAUGUGUAGCUGAUUGAGAAGCGAGCCAUUUCUCUGUGAUGAAGACAUACAGGUCUACCAUUGCAAAGGCAAACAUUCAGCUUAUGCUGAACUGCUACUGAGACAUGUGAGCUCCUCCUCUGGCUCCUCCCCCUAUGUUUCAUCCUACUACUCCACCUCUUCCACCUCCUCACCUCCUCCUCCCUUGUCUUACAUAUUGCCUAGCGCUCUGAUACAGGAUGAGGCUUCAACCUAUGCGGGAAUUUUUCCUAGUAGUUGCUCACGGCUGAAUCUGCGUGUCAGAGAGGAUGACAGCGCAGCCUGCAUCCAAGCAGGGUUUUCAGAAGCAGCAAGCAGGAAUCUGUUGGGAGGGAAAAAGUCUGUCUGCGCAGCCCUGAGCACUGAAGAAGCUUUACUUACUUUCAUUGCCAGUGGAGUUGCUAUAACUUUGCAGAAAGUGUGAGGAGCUGAGAAAUUACCUUUGAUUUUUCAGAAGAUUUUCAAGCUCACGAGUUCAUCUUCAGUGAAAGAGAAGACUCUUCGAAGAGACCUUCGGCUGAUCAUCGUUCGUGAUAACGAGGAGCUCUUUUCAGUCAUUCCCUCUUCUGUGAAAAAUGUCUGAACAGCAGCAUCGAGGCACCUCAGCAGCUUUGUCACAUGGACGUUGACACCGAACAGCUGUUACAUUUACCAUCUUUUCUCAGAACGAAGCUGGAAUAUUGAGGAGCUAGAGCCUACUGCACGAUGAUGCUGACCGGUCUGUUUGCAUCGAAGUGCUUUGUACUUAGCAACUGAUGAGGAUGCGAGACAGUGUGAUGACCUACCUGUAUUUGGCAAAUGUGUUUUUCACCUCGUUGGAGAGAAGAGCACAGAGGGAAAAAGUCAGCGAGAGAGAACAGGAGAGGGGAAGAGAAAGCCAGCAAGGGAAAGUGUGAGGCAACAGUUAAAGGGAAGAUCUACAGAGCCAACUCUGCCAAACUGAAGACGAAGUCAAAGAAAAACAACCUAUCAAAGACUUGGCCACAUGCCCGUUUAAUGCUGGAGCAUUGUGUUCGUUCGGAGCGAUACAGGGUAACUGCUGAAUCCACAUGAGGCUACAAAGAGAUAUUUUCCAACAGUAACACAGCUCUGCAACAAAGCGUAAUGGAUGCUUCAAACAGUACUUUUGGCAACACUUCACAUGUCUCCCCUGCUCCUCACAGCCUUUGGGAGGCUAUAGCCAUCGCCACGGUGUCGGCCAUUGUCAGCCUGAUAACAAUAGUUGGUAAUGUGCUAGUUAUGCUGUCCUUCAAAGUAAACAGUCAACUUAAAACUGUAAACAACUACUACCUACUGAGUCUGGCCUUUGCGGACCUCAUCAUAGGAGUUUUAUCCAUGAACCUGUAUACCACAUAUAUACUAAUGGGUUACUGGUCCCUGGGGAACCUUGCAUGUGACCUCUGGCUAGCAGUAGAUUAUGUAGCCAGCAAUGCUUCAGUUAUGAACUUACUUGUUAUCAGUUUUGACAGAUACUUCUCCAUUACAAGGCCACUGACGUAUAGGGCAAAGAGGACUCCAAAGAGGGCUGCCAUUAUGAUAGGUCUGGCAUGGUUGGUGUCAUUUAUCCUUUGGGCUCCACCCAUUCUGUGCUGGCAGUACUUUGUAGGAGAGAGAACAGUGCAAAUGAACCAGUGCCAAAUCCAGUUUUUAGCACAGCCCGUCAUCACAUUUGGGACAGCCAUUGCUGCGUUCUACAUCCCAGUCUCUAUUAUGACCAUUCUUUACUGCAGGAUUUACAAAGAGACGCAAAAACGGACAAAAGAUCUAGCAGAGCUGCAAGGGCUCACAAAGGAACAUGUUCCAGAGGGGGCUAAACCACAGAAAACUAUUAUUCGUUCUUGUUUUCAUUUCACCCGAGAGCCAAGAGACCAGAGUCAGGCCUCCUGGUCCUCAUCUAAUCAAAGUAAUGCCACAAAAACUACCACAAGGUCAGAUGAGGCAUGGGCGAAAGCAGACCAGAUCACGUCUUUUAAUAGCUACACGUCCUCAGAAGAAGAGGAACAACACGUUUCAAUAGAAACCCCGCAAGGAUCCUUCAAAGAGCCAGGAAGUGGAGAAACUAAUAAAAAUGGACAGGUGACUGAUUAUGCAGAAGAUGAGUAUUUUUCCACACCUCAAAAAAAGAACAGCAAAAAGUGCAUCUCAUAUAGGUUUAAACUUGGCUCAAAGGGUAAAAACGGCAAUCCUAUGAGCGCAACAUCAUGCCCCCCCGAAGCAGAGCUGCCCACCAAAAAUGCCUCCCCCUCCUCAUCCUCCACCACCUCCAAACCCAUGGACACUGCCCUGAAGAACCAGAUUACUAAGAGAAAGAGGAUGGUGCUGGUGAAGGAGAAAAAAGCAGCCCAGACUCUUAGUGCCAUCCUCCUGGCUUUCAUCCUGACAUGGACGCCAUACAACAUCAUGGUGCUUAUCUCUACUUUCUGUUCCGAAUGCAUCCCGACAUCCCUGUGGCACCUGGGCUACUGGCUGUGCUACGUCAACAGCACCAUCAACCCGAUGUGCUACGCUCUCUGCAACAAGACCUUCCAGAAGACGUUCCGCAUGCUUCUGCUGUGUCAGUGGAGGAAGAGGAGGAGAGGUGAGGAUAAGCUAUACUGGGGUGGACAAAACCCAAAUGUCAACAAUAAAAUGACUUAAUGUGUCCCUGCAAUAUUACACCAAACUUACUUUUGUCCACGUUGUUGGAUUUUCUUGACAUAUACAGUAGUCAGUGGUCUUCUUCAGCAUGAAGUGCCAGAUGUGAUUUUCGUGUUAAAAUACAUGCUGGUUUAAAAUGAGCUGAGCCUGAUGAAGCGCCUAAACGUCUGCUGUUAUAGGAAAGAAAGGUGUCACAGAAAGGUGUCUGCACAUUCUCACAUAAUUAAAGGUUAACGAACAGGUUCAGAUGUUUUCUAGUCUGUCUUGAAGUGAUAUACCACUGGUUCCACACAUUGAAGUCUGAUUACAGACCUACAGAUUGCAUGGCUGCUGCGGGAGCAGCGUGAAGUAGGGGUGUCCGUGAUGUUUAAAAAAUGAAAUAUCAACAUUGUGUUAAUAAUGCAUGUAUGAUAAUCAUAAAUAAUUGUGUAUUUGUUCUUUUUGUAUGCUUUUGUAUAGUUAUAUGGCUUUAGACUCUAUUGCCACCUGAAUGCAUUUGUGAGGUUAAUUAAUGUAAAAAAGACACAAUAAAAAAAGUUAUAGAUUAAUUUGACUGAUAGAAUUAUUGCUAUUUUUUUAAUAGAUAUCGUGAUAAUAGCAAUAUUGUGAAUCUUUGUUUUGGUUUUAUUUGGUCACGAUAAUCAUGCAAAAACGUGACAUCAUGACAGCCCUAGUAUGAAGUCUGAUAAACCGCCUUGUGCUACAUCAUAUCACUUGAGUCAGUGUCCGUUUUAGAUGUCUAAGGGGUGUUGAGUUUAGAAACAAGUUAUCUUAUCAAACUUCAAGUUAUCUUAUCUAACUUCUGACAAAACUGUUUUUGGUUAAGUUGUAUGGUGGCUUAAUACAGGCACUAGAUUUUUUUGUUUUGUUUUUGUUACAAGAAUAGGAAAGUCAGCAAUGACAUAUAUCUCUCUUUCAACUCCUGUUUUUAAUAGUUAAUAACAAGUUACUGGAGCACACAUUUAAAUAUUUGUAAUAUACUUACACACCCAUAUCCUUCCUCUCCAUAUGGGCAAUACUGCUGUCCCUUUGCAACUGAGAUGUAAAUGCACUCAGACACUAAAAUAUAUGGUACAUAACAUAUAUUAUGACUAAACAGUCAACACUUUUAUUGCAAGAAAAAAGUGACAUUUACAUAAGGCAAAAAAAAAAAAGCAGAAGAAACAAAAAGUACAGAAAUAAAUAAAUCUGGUGUAAAGGUUGUUAUGGCUUUAUGUAACGGGUGUCAGACACUUUGUCUUUUAUCAAGUCACUUCUUUCUGACCUACAUCAGAAAGGUGAGGUGCUUUUAUGCGUGUUUAUUAAUCCCUUUGUCCAGUCUGAUUUUGUUGAAGUGUAUAAACUGCUUGCUCAACUCAUACUAACUUUACUUUCCAUGGUUAUUAAAAAGAAUUAAGAAACAUUGUUAACUAGAAAGAUGUUCGUAACACAGACAUUCUCAAAACCUGCUCUCGGUACGCUGCACUGAUAUCUCUUGUACACAAUUUUUUUUAAUUUGUCUUGUUCUCUGUUUUCAGUACCUGUGGACAGGCAGGAAAUCAUUAAUGAAUUGCAAAAAAUUGCAAAAUGUGUCUUUUUUUUCUGACAAUGUAAGAAUGAAAAAAAAAAUUUGGUCAAUAUUUAUUUUUUAUAUGUAUUUUCAUCCUUUGAGACCAUUAAACACUAUAAAAGUCUGAUGUCUGUAGUUCCCCCAAUAUCGAGUUGCUCAUUUAACUGCGAAACUUGCGUUUACUUUACAUUUUUAAGGAAUUUCUAAAAAGUGAUGCCAGGUAUUCAGUUACACUGUUAAACACCAUACUGAAAAUAAUUUUAGGCUAAGGACUUUUAAAUUGUUCACAGCCUCAUUUGAAGACAUUAUAAUUCCAAACCCAGCUAUAUUGCCCUUUAUCAUCUGUUUACAUAGCAGCUUCUAGUACUGGACUUCUGACCUGUUUUCCAUUUGCAUCUAUAUUGUGAUCCCCUGUGACCUGCUUAUUACAUGUUUAUAUAGUAAACAGAGAGUACAGCGCUUAGUUCUGCCAACCUCACCAGGAUUACAAUCAUUUUCAAUAUAGCUAAUUUACAAGAUAAUAAAUAAGCUGUGUUUAUAAUUUACACAUGAACUGUAACUUCUGCAAGGGGACACCUGCAAAAUAAAUAAAAUAAAAUUCAACUGGUUCACUGGUUAAGAAACCAAAUAAAACCAAAUAAAAAUUAAAAAUCAAACAUGAUAAUAAAAUAGUAUUCUUUCCAAACCAGUGGCCCAAGUAACAACCACCACCCCACCUUCAAUGGCAAGCCUGUCUCAAGCCUGAUUACAGGGGUUCUAACAAUCUUUUUUAGUGAAAUAUCCUGGAGUCAAAAUCUCUGAUCCUAUCCUUUCAACCUCAUAUAAUUCAUAAUUCUCCUUUAUUCUGUUACUCUGUAUAUAAAUGACAUAGCAUAAGCUCACAUAUUUCAAAACAAAGCUGUAACAGGAAUAACAUAUUUCACAGAUUGUGUCAGAUUUUACACUUCACAAAUGGUGAAUGUAAAUUGUUUACAGUGUAUUAUUGUUCAGUGAAUGUCUUUUCCUGUUUUCUAUCUUGUUGAUAUUUGAUCAUGUGUAUAAGGGCUAAUCGGUACAUUUAUGUGCAUUUACAGUUGCAUUAGUUUAACACUAGUAAUAUGAGAUUAAGAUUGUUAUGGACACCUCUUGUCUUCUUUUUGCUGUAAAAAGAUGAGUGAUGUUGUAAAUUAUUUCACUUUUUUUGUCUAUUAUGAUGUAAUGUUAAAUGUAUCUUUCUGAUCUGAACUCUGUGCCUUUUGUUCUGCUCAUAGUGGCAAAAAUUCCUUUGUGAAGGAGCUUGUGCUUACUGUCUGUCUGCACUUCUGUAAGUGUCUUUGUGUAAUAAUAUACACAGUAAAAUACAAACUUCAAGGCAAACAUUUAAUGACCAACACACAAGUUGAAGACUAUCUCAUUUGUCAAUAAUUCUUCUUUGAGAGGUGAGGCAAAUCGUUACCGUCCUCCAAUGGUUGAUUGACUACCCGAAUGUGCCAUGUACCAACGACAUGACUCUAAACAAAUCCCAGACGUCACCGAAGAUUUUACUGGUCCCAAGAGUCCAGGUCAGCACAGUUGUUCUGCAUUGAAAGUUUCUUUGCUCUAAUGCAACACCACAUGAAAAGAACAAAGCCAUUAAUUAACUGAUCUCAUUAACAGUAAUUGGCGUUUUCAAAGUCUGAUAAAGCUCAGUUGACCUGUGGCGUCACUGAAACACUAAAAACUAUUUCACUGGAGAACUCACCUUUGUGUUUAUGGAAGCUUGUUUCCACCACUGGAAAAAAACACCACAACAUUUUUUGCCCACCACAAGUCAAAAUAUUAGAUCAUUGUUUAAAGAUUUUGAGUUCGGUAUCUCAGGAUUUCAAAAUAAAUAAGUCAGAAUUCAGAAAAAAAUAUUAAACUUUAGUUAAAAUUUUGAGAUAACCCCAAAUUUUAAAUUAUGGGUGGCAUUUUUUUUCCUUUCCCCUCCAGUGGCAGAAAUAGGCUUGUAGAUGUGCUGAAUGAACUCUGGUACUGUAGUUUCUCUUUAAUCUCAAAUACACAAUGCAACCAUGAAACCCUAAAACACCAAAAUGCAGCUGAAAAUAGUCUUCAGUUAAUAUUUCCACACAUUUGGUAAAAAUGAGUUUUUAGCAGUUUAGCUCUAGCUUUUAAAUAAAACAUUUAGAGUCAAAAUAAGCACUAAAUUGCUUUGGACUAAGAGCCACAGUCAUGAUCGAAACUUUGAAAAGUAUUAGGGAAAACAACAAGCGUUCUUUUAUUUUGAUGCUUUCACUUAACUCAUUUAGCAUGAGUAAUCUACAGGACACUGCCAUGCGCAUUCUUCACACAGCAACUCAUUCUUAACCUUGGAAAAAGGCAAUUUGAUGAAAACUACUCAUUUUAAAUUGUGUCACACCAUCACCAUUUACCUGUGGACGGGGCAUGACUGGAAAAAGAUGCAACUGCAUGCAAGUUGACCUAAUUCACGACAUGUUUUGUCUACUCUGUGCUUGAGAGAUAACUUUUAGAUUAUAUUUAUAUUCACUACUUCUCACCAAAACACAUUCUGUGCAUCAUAAA